AUGGAGAAAAUUACUCAUGGAGGUUUUACACAAGGUAUACAAACACGUCAAAUAAAUAAUCAACGCUUAAAUAUCGUACCAUUGUUUGCUUCGAAUUUUAACAAUAGUCCAAAAUCUAAAUUUUUAAAGAAUGAGAUAGUUGAUAAAGCAUUAUACUUCUGGCAAAAUGCUCUCAGUGUUAAACGGCCAUCGAACAGAAACCUACUAAUCAGAAGAGAUUGUAUAGAUGAUAGACUUUGGUUCUUUCCCUCCAAAAAUCGAUCGCUUGACACAGUUUGCGAACAUGCUUGUCAUCCGUCAGCUAAAUGUCAUACAAUGCAAGUACCUGAGAACUUUUUACAAGCAUGUAGAACACGAUAUGGAACUACUGGAUCUGAUGGUUCCGGUAUACCAGGCAAUGGAUAUUUAAUGAUUGUUGACGCAUCGCCAGGUGGUUUAUGUAAUGAUAAUUGGUUGUUAGCUUAUGCAAACGCUUGUCAGUUGGAAGGAAACACUGAUCGGCCAAUUCUUGGAUUCAUUAAUUUCUGUCCAAAUCGUUUGGAUGAAAAUUAUCCAAUGAGUAAAGUGUUACUGUAUACAGCAAUUCAUGAAAUGGGACAUGCAUUAGGGUUUAACAGAAAUCUUUACGCUUUUUAUCGUGACGAGCAUGGCAGACCACGAACGCAACGUGAUCCUGUUACAGGAAUGCCAAGUACUCCGAGGGAUGAGUUUGGAGUAUUUGCUCCUAGUAACGAUGUCGUUAAGGAAGUCACUCGCACUUGGAAAUCCACAAAGGUUUCUUUGACACGGAAAAUAGGAGCCUUUGUUCUUCCAAACGUUUUGAAAUUCGCCAGAAGUCAUUUCAACUGCCCGAGUUUAGACGGUGUGGAUCUUGAAAAUGAAGGCAGUAGUGCCACACAUUUAACACAUUUUGAGAAAAGAGUUGUGCAUGAUGAACUUAUGUCAGGAAGUGUUGAACUACCGUCAAUUGUUUCAGGGUUAACAUUAUCAGUUUUCCAAGAUUCUGGGUGGUAUGACGUCAAUCAUAAGAUGGCCGGAAACUGGAAAUGGGGGAAAAAUUUAGGAUGUGAAUUUAUUACAAAAAGUUGUUCUGAAUAUAUGGCCAUAAGAAGAUCCCGAAAAGAACCAACUGGUCCAUGGUGUGAUUACUUUGAUCUGACACGUGCUCAGUGUGUAUCAUAUAACAAUGCAUAUAAUUACUGUAACAUGAAUCUGUAUCAGCAGCGUAUUGAACCAGACAAACAACAUGUAACAAAUCAUCAAGAGCGUGAGUUUUUGGCAGGUGAUAGUAAAUUACAUGAUGGGUGUGCAUUGUUCCAGCCGGUACCAAACAUUAAUGGAACAGGUCAAACAUCAGUUUGCACACAUGAAGAAAAUAAUCAGCGUUUAGGUGUGAACCCUUUAAUGCAACAGUUUGGACCGAGUUCUUUGUGUGUUAAUCAUGGAAAUAAUAAAAGAUGGGUACUAAACACAAACAGAGGUAUUCAGAGUACCGGUGAUAUGGGAGCAUCAUGCCACGUAUACCGAUGUGGUAAUGGAUUAGCGAUUAUGAUAGGACCGAAUACUAUUUCGUGUCCAAAACAGGGAGGAACAGUGGCUUUAAACGUACAAGGCAAUUUAGGAUUGAUCAAAGGUUUUGUCCAGUGUCCACCGUGUAAUGAAGUGUGCAGAGUGAGUCGAAUUAUGUUUUAG